AUGGAAAUUCCAACUGAAGAAAUAAAGUUCCUCAAAAAGGAAGAUGUACAAAACAUCGAUUUAAACGGAAUGAGUAAAAAAGAAAGAUAUGAAAUAUGGAGAAGAAUUCCCAAAGUUGAAUUACAUUGCCAUUUAGAUUUAACAUUUUCUGCUGAAUUUUUUUUAAAAUGGGCUCGAAAAUAUAAUCUACAACCUAACAUGUCAGAUGACGAAAUACUUGAUCAUUAUUUAUUUACAAAAGAAGGAAAAUCAUUAGCAGAAUUUAUUAGAAAAGCAAUAAGUGUUUCUGAUUUAUAUAGAGAUUAUGAUUUUAUUGAAGAUUUGGCCAAAUGGGCAGUUAUUGAAAAAUAUAAAGAAGGUGUUGUUUUAAUGGAAUUUCGAUAUUCACCAACUUUUGUUUCUUCAUCUUAUGGAUUAGAUGUAGAAUUGAUUCAUAAAGCAUUUAUAAAAGGAAUAAAAAAUGCUACAGAAUUAUUAAACAAUAAAAUACAUGUUGCAUUAAUAUGUAUUAGUGAUACUGGACAUGCUGCUGCUAGUAUUAAACAUUCUGGAGAUUUUGCAAUUAAACAUAAACAUGAUUUCGUUGGUUUUGAUCAUGGUGGACGUGAAAUAGAUUUAAAAGAUCAUAAAGAUGUAUAUCAUUCAGUUAGGGAUCAUGGUUUACAUCUAACUGUACAUGCAGGUGAAGAUGCAACUUUACCAAAUCUAAAUACUUUAUAUACUGCUAUCAAUAUUUUAAAUGUUGAACGUAUUGGUCAUGGUAUAAGAGUUUCAGAAUCAGAUGAACUAAUUGAAUUAGUUAAAAAAAAAGAUAUCUUAUUAGAAGUAUGCCCAAUAUCUAAUCUUUUAUUAAAUAAUGUUAAAUCUAUGGAUACACAUCCAAUUAGAAAAUUAUAUGAUGCUGGUGUUAAAGUAUCUGUUAAUUCCGAUGAUCCUGGAAUGUUUUUAUCAAACAUAAAUGAUAAUUACGAAAAAUUAUAUAUCCAUCUAAAUUUUACAUUAGAAGAAUUUAUGAUUAUGAAUAACUGGGCUUUUGAAAAAUCUUUCGUUAGUGACGAUGUUAAAAGCGAGCUUAAAGCGUUGUACUUUUAA